AUGGAUUCCGAAAAAAUCAUCGCCAUCAUCUUGGCCCUCUUCUUGCCUCCUUUAGCCGUGUUCAUGAAAUGCGGGUUCACGACCCCACUUUGGAUUAACCUUGUGUGUUGUCUUUUCUUCUGGUUCCCCGCCAUUCUCCAUGCUUUGUACGUGGUCUUGAAGGAUUAG